UCACACGCCGGAACUACGAUUAACAGGACCUUCUGUGGCGCAAAAAAUGGAGGAUAACAUUAAAGACAUCAGCCGACCUCAGAUGUAUUUGUUUGGUUGCUCACUGAAAGCAGAUAAGAAAGAGCACAAAGUUGAGGUGGAUGAUGAUGAGUCUGAACAUCAGCUGUCACUCAAGGCGGUGUGUUUGGGUGCAGAGGCGGAGGAUAAAUUCCACACCGUGGAGAUGGAGGGAUUGACUUACGAUGGCAAAACGACCAAAAUCACUCUCGCUGUCUUGAAGCCGUCCGUUCUGCCUUCUCUAAGUCUGGGAGGUUUUGAGGUCACUCCCCCUGUAUCCUUUCGCCUGCGGUCCGGAGGGGGUCCGGUCUACAUCAGCGGUCAGCAUUUCGUCAGUGUAAAGGAAUCAGAUGAUGAGGAUGAGGAAGAGGAGGAGAAUAACACAUCGCCAGUGAAGAGACCGUCCAACAUGACCCUCGCAAAAGUGCCUCAGAAAAAGCUGAAAAUGGACUCUGAUGAAGACGACGACAGCGAGGAAGAUGAUGAUGAUGACGACGAUGAUGACGAUGACGAAGAGGAUGACGACAAAGAAGAAAAGACUGUUGAAAAGAGCCUCAUCAAAACCCCUCAAAAAAGAUCAAAGCGGACCCCAGAGAAGAAGAAAAGUGCAGAUAAGCAGAACGGCUCUUCAGACAAGAAAGCGGGGACAUCAGGGAAGCCCCAAACCCCGACACCACAGAAAGUAAAAGACAAGUCUCCAGCAGGACCUUCUGGGAAGAGUCCCGGCACUCCCAGCCUUAGUGAGGUCAAAGACAAACUUACAUCAGCAUCUAAAGAGGGGAGGCCACUUCCAAAGACGGAACAGAAGUUCGAGAACUACGCUAGAAGCUCUUUCAAGAUCUCUGAUAAACAAGUGAUCAAAGACCUUUGGAACUUUUUACAAUCACUAAAAAAGUAAUGGCUGCUCUGCGCUCCCCUUCCCGUCCCGGUGCAGCAGAAGUCUGGGGUUAGCCAGUAACAGCACUUCAGCUGUGCGAUCUGGCCUCUUCCCCUCUUAACGUGAUCCGUCUGCCCUUUUCUCUAGAUGGAUAGAGCAGAACGAGCCUCAGCAAUGGCAUACAUAUCAUGCUUCUUGUUUUACUUUCCUCCUUUUUUAAUCCUGGAUUCUUUUUUUUUUUUUUUUUUUUUUUUUGUCAGGUCCACAAUGGUUUAUUUUAGAAGAACAUUUAAUGGGAUGUUUUGCCAUGGCAGUUAUAAUUUUAAAAUGCAACUUCAGGGUGAAUCUCAUGAAAUCUUAUCAAGAACAUGUCCAGGUCACAUGUCACCUCAAAAUCAAAAUCUGCAUAAAGAAAAUUUGAGAAAAUUUCAUAAAAGUCUAUUUUAGACUAAACAAAUGUUUUGCAAUUGGGAUAUUUUCAUACGAAUUAAGCAUAACAUUCCCCUAUUCUCAUUAUCAAAAAAUAUAUAUUGUAACGGAUUUAUAAAUUAUGGAAGCUUUGUGGUAUGAACUAUAAUUUUUGGUGAUUUAACAAUAAAAAAAAAAAAAGAGUUGAAGUAUACAAUAUUAAAGUAAAAAAAACAUUAUGGUAAUGACAAUUUGGGAAGUGAAAAUGUUCUUGCAAAAAAACAUGUUAAUGGUCAUAAAAAUAUGCUUUGUUUUCUCAAUGCUUUUUGGAUAAAAUGUGAUCCUCUUUGUGACAUUUGUUUUUCUGUCUUUCUCUCUUGUAGAAAAUAGAAAACUGGUAUGGCUUGGUGCUGGUUUAUCACAUGUUUUUGUUAUUAUUAUUUUUUGUGAGGCUAUUUUGAUAAAAAAUAACAACACUUGAACAUUAGCUUGAGUAAAAAUAGCUUUUUGCACUACCAGCCCAAGACCAAUUGGCUUCUGGCGUAAAUCUGAAACCACCGUGACUGUAAAUCGUCCCCUUAAUUUCUUUGUGUAAAGAUGGCAGCUGAAAUGUAAUAAUGCUAACGUUGUGUGUUCGCUCUGAUUCCUUCUAGCUCGCAGUAUUCAAUUCAAAAGUAUUCAGCCCUCAAGUUUCCCCAAUUCCAAUGGCCUUCAACAUUUAAACUUUACCAUUAUCUCAAGUGCUAUAGACUCGACCAUAAAAUGUCUCUUAGAAGUGUAACCUCGUAAAAAAAAGAAAAAAAA